UUGCAACGAGCGAACUUAACAAUCUGGUUGUAAGUAGACGUGGCAUUUUAACCGAUAUCAUGCGCACCCCGUUCAAUAAGUAUUCACAUUGUCAAUGGAAAAUUGCAGUUAUUCUUCAACACGGCGCAUAUCACAUAUGUCGUUUUGACAGGAACAAUAAAUGGGAAGAGGUUCAGAAACCACACAAUAGAGUAUGGCAUAAAUCCUAUUACUGGGGAUGGAAAAUGGAGCAGCUUCUAACCGAAAGUAAACCAGAUGACCUUGUAAUUAUGGCAGAAACUGAGGAAGAACUAAUUAAAGAUGAAUCAGACUGUACGAAAACGCAGGGGCAACAUGGCAAAUAUCUACUAGUAAAUCAAUUGAACAUAAAUGCACAUUCAUUAGUGUUCAACUGCGAAAUAGACGCAUACGAUAAGAACACCGGCUCAUUUGUUGAAAUAAAAACCAAGAAACAUAUUUCUUCAGCAAGAGAGGACGACAGUUUUAAAAGGUUCAAGUUGUUGCAGUGGUGGGCCCAAAGCCAGUUAGGAGGCGUUAAAGAAAGACUUUGCGGAUUCAGGGAUAACGAAGGGCUCGUGACUAGAAUGGAAUCUUUCCAGACCAGUAGCAUCUCGAACUCUGAGUUGCCAUGGAAUCAAAAAGUGUGUUUCCACUUUCUUGACAACUUGCUGACAUGGAUCAAGAAACGAGUGUCGGUCACGGGAGAGUUCUCCGCUAACAGAAUUGUUCACCUGUUUGAGAGGUCAGAUGAGGACACAAUCAGCCACAAUACAACAACAGAACCCCGAUACCAGUUUCUGCCCGAAUGGUACCUGAAUAUUGGUGAAAAGGACAUAACCAACAUUGACAGCGCAUCGAAGGAAUUAAUCGGUGUUAAAACUGACAAUUCUUAAUAAUACCAGUGUUAAAACUUUGCCUCUUGC